AGCGAGGGCGCGCGUGCCGUGCGGUGCGUGCAGCUGCAGCCGCCGCCUGAGGAGGAGCCGCGGCCUGAGGGGCCGCCCGGGUAACGCCACGGUGCUGCGGCCGCCGGGCUCCGCGCGCCUCUCUGCCUCAUUUCCCCCCUCCCACGCUCCUCAUGGCACCCUUCCCCACCCCGCCUGCUGUCCCCCGGUCCCUCUGCACCCUCCCGGCCCCUGUCGGAGCCCAGCAGCCUACCUACCCGUCGUUGCCCGGGGCCCGUCGCCGCCUCUUGGGGGUUCCCUGCCCCUCCCCGCCCCUCGGGCUCCCGGGUCCGUUCCCUCGGCUGUGUUGCGGCUCCUGCUGGCUCCGAGUCUUCGCAGACACAGCCCUGGUGGUCCCGGGGCUCCGUCGUGCACUGAGCCCCACUGUUGGUUCCUAUUUUCGAAGCCCCUUACCUGGAAACGCGUGCCUAUAAACCGCUGCUGAGGGUAUCAGCUUGUGACAUGGCCACAGACGUAGCUGAGCCUGUGGUCCCUGACUGUAGAGGAGACAUAAGGAGUGGUGCCAAGUCGGAUGCUGACUACCCUCUUCGGGUCCUCUACUGCGGAGUCUGUUCAUUGCCAACAGAGUACUGCGAAUAUAUGCCUGAUGUGACUAAAUGCAGACAAUGGUUAGAAAAGAAUUUUCCAGAUGAGUUUGCAAAACUUACAGUAGAAAAUUCACCGAAACAGGAAGCUGGGGUUGGAGAAGGCCAAGGAACUGCAGGAGAAGAAGAAGAGAAGAAGAAGCAAAAGAGAGGUGGAAGAGGUCAGAUAAAACAGAAAAAGAAGACUGUACCACAAAAAGUCACAAUAGCUAAAAUUCCUAGAGCAAAGAAAAAAUAUGUCACAAGAGUCUGUGGCCUUGCAACGUUCGAAAUUGAUCUUAAGGAAGCACAAAGGUUUUUUGCUCAGAAAUUUUCCUGCGGUGCCUCAGUAACAGGAGAAGAUGAAAUCAUCAUCCAGGGCGAUUUCACAGAUGACAUUAUCGAUGUAAUCCAGGAGAAGUGGCCUGAGGUGGAUGAUGAUAGCAUUGAGGAUCUUGGAGAAGUCAAGAAGUGAUGGUUGAAGACUACCUUUAUUUAAUUAUAUGGUUUUAAAUGACAUAGCCAAAGUUAGGCUUCUAAACCCAUGGAUUCUGCAGUGAUGCUGUGGAGAGCCCACAUCCUUGGCAAUUUCACUGUUCUGUAUAGGCUGCUUGGAUUUUUUUGUUGUGAUAUUUGCUGAAGUAAAAUUGGGGUCUAUCAUGCCUACGCAUGAAGAUUGAAAUAAAAUUCCUCUUCUUCACUGAA